AGCGACCGUUGUUAUGUAAUUGCCGUGUUUCCAGAACCCCUCUGGCCCAAAUUCGACUUUCAGAGCCCGGUGGCCCAAACAGAGCGACUCACAGGGAGCCGAUACGCCUUAAAGAGGCCCGGACACACGCCAUUUACACCAAAAACGCGCUCCACGGCCGUGUUUGUCGGUAUUUUAGCCUUAGGCUGAACGGUGUUCUGAUUGGCCCAUGUUAAUGUCAGUCGCAAAAUGCUUGCCGAUGAUUGGUUUAUAUCGCUGUAGCUCACAAUACUGCGUUCUCAUUUAACAAUAGAGCCCGUAACGCCCUCAAGUCCCGCCCACUCGCCGUUACACAUAGCCGUUGUCCUGCUCUGGGUCCAAUACUGCCCCCGACUAGCCAUUUGAUUUGUCGUGGCAGCUGUCAAUCAAAUAUCUUCGGCUCUGAUUGGAUGCUGUCUUGGAGGAAGGGCGGGCCCUUGUUUUCCUUUCUGUUUUUCAGCGUUUUAGGGAAGCGGUUUCCUUGUGUGUGACUGCGGCGAAGGGGGGGAUGAUGAGCCGGGGUAGAUAAAGCAGGUCAGCGGCGCGAUUCGACCGUUUUCCGCCCUCGGUCGUAUGGAUUUACGCGUUGUUUAGGCUCCGGGGGGCUCCGAGCUCUUCAGCAGGUCUCCGGCUGAUGUGUGUUUACUGACCCGGCCGGCGGAGCAGCUCAGCGAGUGAACCCGUUUCCUGAGGCUCUGUGGCGGAACAGCUACACCGGCUCUCCGCGGAGAUGACCGCCGACCUGCUGUCCGACCUGGACAGUCGGUUCUUCGCCGAUAACCUCCUGACGAGCGAGGACUGGGAUGCCUGUCUGUAUCAGUGUGAGAGUAUGGAGGAUGGUGAAGAGGGGGAUUUCAGCAGAGGGCUGAAAUAUGACACAUCGCUUGACAAUGACCUCGUGCUGACCCUAGAUCCUGACAACCCCACGUCGCCAUGGAAACACCUGGAAGACAACCUGCUCUCAGGUGACCUGCCGGUAAUAAAAGAUGAGAUGACGAUAACUCAGCCGCUCCCUGUGGACAUGUUGUUCCAGGUGAAGGCUGAACCUCCAUCUCCGUCUUCCUCACCGGUGUCAGACUGCUCUAUACCGUCCUUACCUGAGCCUCAGGUAUUAGUUAAAGGGGAGAAUCCCCCUACUCCUCCUUAUAUGUAUGGAGAUGUUCUGUCCCCCCCUGUGGCCACUAUGGAGGUUACCGUGGCAACCACAGCCUCGCCUCACCCUCAGACGCCACUUCCUGCCCCCACAGUGAUCUCCUCUGCUGCCACUCUGAAGGCGAGCUCUAUUCUGAGCAGUAAGCCUCUGCUGCAGCCCAGGCCGGUCUGUGUGGCUGCUGUUCCAGUUCCUCAGUCGUCCAGUCCAGCUAAAACUCUGAUCCUGCAGAGCCUUCCGGUGUCCGUCCCCACCAUCGACCAGAGCAGAACCCCCGUGGUCCUGUCUCAGUCGGUGUGUUUGGGUUCUGCUCCUGCCAUCGUUAAGAUGGAACCUGUAUCCCCCAGCAUGCCCCAUUGCAGCAGCCCCACGGCCCCACCCACCACCACCAAGCCCAUCAUCCCAGCGUCCUCUCUGCCUGGCAGCAACUGCAGCGACAUUGACAUGAAGGUGCUGAAGCGGCAGCAGCGGAUGAUAAAGAACAGAGAGUCAGCCUGUCAGAGCCGGAAGAAGAAGAAAGAAUAUCUGCAGAACCUGGAGGCUCAGCUCCGCGAGGCCCAGCAGGAGAACGAGCGGCUGCGCAGGGAGAACCAGCAGCUCCGGCUGAGACUGGCUGGGAAAGAGGCCGGUGAGUCCGGUAACAACAAGAGAGCGGUGUGUGUGAUGGUGGUCCUGCUCUUCAUCACCUUCAGCUUCGCUCCAGUCAGCAUCACAGACAAGAAGCUGGUGUCCGUGCUGGAGGAGGGGGCGGAGCAUCACACAGGGAGACACCUGAUGGUGUACGAGAAGGAUCAGGAGCUGGGCAAGGCGGCGGCGGGCGACGGAGUGGUGGAGGAGAGGAUAGAGAGCGAGGAGGACGGCGGGGAGGAAAGGUGGAGGAGAGGAGAAAUGGAGAGAGACAGCGCGGACUCGUUUCACUUCAGGAAUGUGAGCAGUGUGUUCAGUGAUGUGAAGGAUCUGGUCCUGCAGGACAUCGACCGGCUCUUCUCCUCCUCAGACUGCAGACAGUUCAACCGCUCCGAGUCUCUCAGGCUGGCUGAUGAGCUGCGUGGCUGGGUUCAUCGGCAUCAGAUCGACAGGAAGAAGUCUGGUGGGAAAGCGAAAAUCGCGCAGAAGGCAAAAAUAGCUCAGCAGAAAGCCCAGCACAGAAAGACUAACUUCUCCAGGUAUCUCCCCAUCGAGGCUCAUCGCUCCAUUGAGAGUCAGCUGCAGCUGCUGCCCGGUCCGGAGGUGAGCUACAGCGAUUUCCUGGACGCGAUUGACCGGAGAGAGGACACGUUUUACGUCGUGUCCUUCAGACGGGAUCACCUGCUUCUUCCUGCUAUAAGCCACAAUAAAACCACACGACCCAAGAUGUCUCUCGUCAUGCCAGCGAUGACCGUCAAUGAGUCAGUGUAUAACUCCUCUCAGGGUGGUUAUGAGCUGAUGAUGCAGGUCGACUGUGAAGUGAUGGACACCAGGAUCAUCCCCAUUAAAUCCUCAGCAGUCCCGCCCUCUCUCAGGGACCCUCCCCCGACCCCGCCUCCUCACCACCACCACCACAGCAACCACACCCGGCAGCACCACGGCAAUGGGGCGGCGGCGUCACGGCAACCGAUACACAGAAGGGGCGCAGAGUAUCAGAUCAGCCAGUCAGGAUCAGUCUGAGAGAAAAAAGGCAGAGGAAGGAACAAAGACUGAGAAAAGGGGAGGAGGAGACAGACGGUGGGCGGAGCUUGGAGAGUGGACGAUGAAUUGGUUCUAAGAAUGCAGAAAAUCUCAAUCUGCAGAAACGUUAUCGGUGCGAUGUUGGGAAACACACCCAGAAAAACAUCAGCCAAACGCUUAGUUUUCUUUGUGUGUCAUGAAAGUGUCCAACCAGCACGCGUCCAGGUAAUUUAUGAGAAAACCCAUUUCUGAAAAAAUGAAAUUAAAAUGAAUCCACUGCUGGUAAAGAGCGGUGCUGUAGUCGUCUGUAGGAGACGAGCGCACAGGCGGGCUUUCUGUAUAUUUGUAUGGAUAGUUUUUGUUUGUUUGUUUGUUUGUUUUUGUUUUGGGUUCCUGCUUGGCGGUGCAGCUUUGAUGCGAGUCAUCAAACUGGCGUUUUUAUGUUUUUGUUUGUUUCUUUUUAAAAUGUUUAGUUUUUGUUUUUAUGUCCACAGAAUCCUCCUGCGGGUAUUUAAUGAGAAAUCAUGCUUAUGAUAGGUGUAUAUAUUAGAGUUACUGUGUGAAGACUUAAAUCGUUCCUGCAUUUAAAAUACGUUUUUAUAUAUAACAUACGCCUGCGCGCGCGCGCACACACACACACACACACACACACACACAUAUACACACACACACACAUAUACACACACACACCUAUCCCAUGUUAAAAAAAAAUUCAAAAGUCCAAAUAUGAAGCUUUUGUUGGUCUUAACGACUAAUCCUUAUUCAAACAGAUGCGGUAAUUUAGUGUGGAAGAGCUUUUCCCAUUUUUCCAAAUAUUGACGUGUAUAAAUGUCCAGACAGUAAAAAACUCUUCCACUCAGCAUCGACGGCUUCAAACCGCUGAAAACACUGCUGAGCUAGUUCCUGUUCGAUGUGAGACUAAAUAUUUUCUAAUCUGUACUCUGACCAGCCAGAGCCAUCAAUCUUCUUCUUCGUGGGAGUGUGUGUACAUAUAUAGUGGGGUCCGAAAGGCUGAGACCACUAGUGAAAUGGCUCCUGUUUUGCAUUCCUUUCUAAUUUAGAUCUAAUUUACGUUUACGGUGGACGCUCUAAUCCAGAGCGACUUACAAUUUGGUCACGAUUUUUUACACAGCUAGGCCGAGGUAGCGUUAGGAGUCUUGCCCAAGGACUCUUGGUAUAGUGGAGGGUCCUUGCCUGAGUGGGGGGGUUGAAGUAGUGAUGUCGAAGUAGAGCAGAAUCUUGGUUCAGACUUUGUUAACUUUCUCUUUAUUCCCUAAUGAAAAGCCACCGAGGCUUUCAGUGUGGUCUCAGGCUGUUGGACCCCACCGUGUGUGUGUGUGUGUGUGUGUGUGUGUGUGUGUGUGCGUGCGCUGGUUUGGAACACGGCUGCACUGAGCGCAGACUACGAUGUGAUUCGCUUGUAAAUAAUGGUGAUUUGUCAAAAAGCUUUUUUUGACUCAGUUUUUGUAAUAAUUUUAUCAAUAAUAUCAUUUUCAGUUUGAAAUGUGACCAGAAUGAGUCGUUUUCUCGUUUGUCCAUCCCAAGUAAGCGGUACUGCGACUCCUUUCCCUGCACAGUAGCACAAUCCCACAGGACUACAUUGGAAUUAGAUGUUUUUUGUUUACUAUUCUAGUUAAUAUAUUGGAUAAACAUAAAUAUGUCUGUACAAGGCGACGUUUAUAGCCGUAUUGCGGCCAUUAUAAAGUAGAAAUUGGACCGUUUUUUAUAUUUGAGAUUUUUAUAUACCCGAGGCCUCGUCCGUGUCCGUUCAGCGUUGCUGUCCUGCAGCGUUGGAGCCCCAGAUUAACCAUAAAACUCCAAGCAAGGGCAGUGUUUAUAAGGCCACAUGACACCUGUAUAAGCAUUUCAUUACCACUAACGAACAUUUAUAAACACUUAUAAUGGCUUAUUCCAGGUGCUGUAACACUUUGUGAUGAAUUAGCGAAGGAGGUCUUUAUGGUCACUGACGCUCGGUGGGAAAAGCCUUUAGAAAGCUUUAUGUCACUCGUUACAGGCUUAUGUAGCCGCCCCUCGGUAAACCGACCCAAUCUCAAGUAGUGGGUCAGCAUUGGCGUCGGUACUUCAGUCGAAGACGAGUCCCGGAAAAGGACCUUUGUAUGUUUUCUGGAGCUUUGUGCUGCACCAGAGGAGCCUCUGGUGGGUUUCUGAGGGUCAGUGCUGUCCACUGUAAGUCCAGGUCUGCUGUUUGUAAACAGUCUCUUUCAGAACUCAUCAUUCCUUUUGGCGUUGUUGUUGUUGUUGUUGUUGUUGUUUGACACAUACGCAAACAUUUGUACCAUGAAUUGAUGCUGAAAGCAUGCAGGUUCUUUAUGGAUGGUUGAGGGAUUCUUGCUGUAAAUAGGUUGAAGUUCUUGUUGCCUUUUUUAAAAAGUUUUUUUAUUUAUGUGAAUUUCCCGUUAUUUCCCGUCCCCCCCCUGUCCCCGUACGGCUGUGAGAGAAUCUGAACCACUGUUUUUUCAUUCGUUUGUAGAGGAGAGGUGAGAGUUUGCUAAAUAAAGGAAUGAUCUGGGGGAAUGAG